UAGCACAGCAAAUCAGGUCGGAGAGUGAGAGACUGUGACUGACAGAUCCAACCACGACGCAUGAUAUACAAUUACGAAGGGUGUGAAAAGUUAUUGCUCUGUGUGGCAAUGUCGAUGGAGCGAGAGAGUCUUAAAAACGAGAGCGUGAGAAGUCGCCGAAUGAGUUUUUUCAUCCUCUUUGUUACGAAAAGUAAAACUCGUCUUAUACAGCCUUCUGUUAAUUAGAGCACAGGAUUCGUAUUCUCCAACUCCACUGUAGUGUGUACAAUAAUGAUUGGCUGUUUUUAUAACCCUCCACCUAUCAUUGUUGGUUUAUUUUUCGAGUGAAAUAGUAGACCACUCACUGUCACAACGAAGUAUUCAACUUAGUCGUCCUAAGUCGAGAUAGCUCUGAAUUUACUCUAUUCAUUUCGUUAACGAGUGAGUUAACAACUAAUAAUCCUAAGGUCCUCGCCUCGAACUCGUCGAUGUCGUAUUCGAUGAAUAAAGAUACUCUUUUGAUGUCUGGAGUGUGGUAUACAACUACUACCUUGUUUAGCUGCACCAGUUUGAGAUGAGUUGGGUUCCUCUUUCAUUCUAGCCACAGUGUUCGAGUUCGUAAGAAUAGGAGACCACCUUGAAUGGUUCCGGGAUUUGGUAGCCUGAUUUUGAUCAUAAGGGAAAACAAGGAGAGAAUCCUUGUGAUCAAAUUCAGGUUACCAAAUACCGGAACCAUUCAGACCUCCUCGAUCAACAAAUAACUCAGAGACCUCCUCGAUCAUAACUCAUCUCCAGAUCCCUCGAAAUUAGUAAUGGACGAUCCGUGUCAGUGUGAUCACGUCGCGCAAAAUCUAGGCUGAAAUAGUCCUCUUUCAUAAUACAGGCCUAGUUGUACUACUCAGACUACACUUGAUGAUAAUUAUCCUUUUCUCUUUUCUAUCUUCCUCUGGUCAUUCUUUUUUCUAGUUAGGUCCGUCGGCUCCACCACAACUAUAACAAUACAGCAACAAGUUUUAACAGUCUUCCUUAUAUCGUCCUUACCUUCUAUAUCGCUCAGGAAGAGGACCAGGUGACUACUAGAAGCGACAAUUUACAGCGACAACCUUUUGGAGUUCUCGUUGGAGUUCUACUCGUUCGAGCGUGCAACUUCAUAGUUCAUACUAUUGAGAUGAAUAACUAAGUGCCUACCGACGACUUCAACAUCAAACUGAUACCCUCCCAAGCCAAGCUCACGAAAUCGGCAUAACUAUGUUGUUGACAACAUCUACAAGUACUACUCCUACAGCAAUACACAUACAGCGAGAACAAGAUGAAUGAAUGACCUCUACGUCUACUAAACUAAGAUAACAAAAAUGUGAUAGUGAUUAGUUUUUAAUUUCCUGAUAAAGAUCUUUUUCUAGCAUAUUAUUAUAAUUAAUAGAACAAAAUGGUGAUCGAUCGAGGGGACGGCAACAAUAACCGGAAGCGCAUCCGGGGCACAAGAGGGCAUUAUUAUCCUCCCAGUCAGCGCGGCUACGGCGACGAUGAGCCACCAUGGGGAGCACAGCUUGCACAUAUUCUCAACACAACAGAUCCGCUCACACUAAAGCAAAACCUACAGGAAGUGGAGAUGGCAAGCGACGGAAAUUGCCUGUUCAGGUCAGUGUCGGAUCAGAUGUGUAUGGCUCAACAAGGAUGAAGAAGAUUUUUUCUGCUCUUCGUCUUCUUACAUUCACCUCUAUCAAUUCGAGUACCUACUACUACUAAUACUACUACUUGUACAUGAUGUACAAGUAACAAUUGACUUAAUUAUAACCUUCGUCAUCUUGUAACUUCUACUGAUUUAUAUUAGAAGGAGGCACUGAAAUGGAAAUCCCCUUAAGCAAGGCUCCCUGCUGCCUACGCCCCCCUUUCAUACCCAACCUCCGCGACGACUACCACGACGUCAUCCGCGACAAGUGCCUCGAGUACAUUCGUGCCGAACGAAGCUACUUCAAAGACUUCAUUACAGAAGACUUCGAGUCUUACGUACAGAGACGGCAGCAGCCAGGCGAAUGGGGUGACGAUGUGGAGCUACAGGCUUUGGGCGAAAUCUACGACUCAGCGAUCGAAAUCUACACGCCAGAUGGCAACUUGCAAAAAACCUUCCACGAAAUAAGGGAUCAAAUGCCAAUCCCGCCAAGGGAUUUUCUGUUCGGCAGUGCUGGAGGUGGAGGCUUACCAGAACAGCAGAUGGCGUUGCUUGGAGGAGGUAAUCAGAAGAUGGGCGCAGCGAGUAGUAGCUCGGCCACAGGUGGAUUUUCUAGUAGAAAUGGUGCUGGUGGUCCUUGUGUAGCAGGUGGUCAAGGUUCAUCUCGACAAGGUAGAAGUUUGUUGAAUGACGAUGAUGAGGCUGAGGGGAAUGAAGAAAACAACUACAGCAAUUACCAAGUUGCUAAUACUGCUCUAGUCCCUCGGAUUGCUGUACCAGCGCAUCAGGCAAGUGGGGUCGCUUCACACCCCUACAGCUUUGCUACUAGUUCUGGCGGGGGCGCGAGCUCAUCAACCAGUGGCUCUUCAGCUAAUGCCCACUAUUAUCAUGCAGCACCGACAUCUUCAACAUCCCACGGGGAUCUUCCGUCCUCUCAUGGUCCUCUUCGCAACGCCCGAACAGUAAUCCGCCUAGUCUACCGAGGACAGAGCCACUACAACAGUUUGCGGGACUUGAGGCUUGCCAGGCUACCGCAGAUCUUGCUUGUUAGAGAAAGAUACUUGGCGAAAUUAGGGUGGCCUCAGACUGGGAUACAGCGGACGCUAGUUCCAGGGACUUUGGAGGACCUACUGCUAGAUCAUCCAAAAAUGCGUCCUAGAAAUUUCUUAGCCGCUACAACUGGUAUAAUUGGUGGAAAUAAAAGUAGUUUUAGUUCUCCUCUCAACACGAUGAUGAACAAUACAUAUCCAACUAGUGCUGGUGCGCCCGCAGGAGGAGCACUAGCGAAUACAGAAGGAGCCUCGUCUUCGGCGAGUCGUGCAGCAAGUGACAUCCAACAACAAGAAGAACAGGACGUAGUGCGAGAGUCUUUAAGGACUUUGGAGGAAGACGAGGAUAGAGAGUUGCGGGAAGCAUUGGCUUUGAGUGUCUCUGAAUUACCUUUCGCUGCCGGGCCACUCUCUUCUUGUGCUCCUGUAGCUUCUGCGAAUAAAAGCGGCGGCGCAAGUUUUGCGACGCCAGGAGCAGCGUCGGCAUCUAGUGCUACAACUUCAGAUGUGCUGAAAAUGCCGCUUCUAGCUAGAAUAGAUGAUGAGAAUUAAGGCUGUACCUAAUACAUCUUUGGGCGCAUCCUUGAAGAAACAUAUGGAGGAGUAUCCACCCAAGGAAAAAAUACUCCCCCAUACUUUUCAAGGAUGCACUUGAAAGAGGAUGAAUUACGGACAGCUCUAAGAGAAGUCGGCAUCUUCGCAUUCCGCGCAAGGAGGUGGUGGCGCAUCGUCAGGUGCUGCGUCUUUUACAACUGACGACGAGUUGUUGCAGCAAGCGCUGCUUCUGAGUAUCCAGAAAGACCAGACUGACCAAGUUGGAAGUACUAGAGAACAAGGAGUAGACGAGCAGGCACCAAAAGCAGCAACAUCCUCUUCGUCAAACCCCAAAAACACCCCCGCCGUACAACCAGCCCCAGCUCCUGCCGCCCCAGCUGUUGAACUCCCUGAAGCUGUUAUCCAGUGCGUAUCCUUGGGAGUUUCCUUAGAGGCGGCGUGGAAGGCCUACAGCUUCACAGGUGACAGCGUUGAUCAGAUGAUUCUCUUUCUAAGCAGUACUGGACAACUCUGACGAUGUUGAAUGGGUCGACGUGAAAACCUUUUUAUUACUUCUAGGGUGCUGUUCAUCAGGUUACUUACUACAAUAGCAGUCUUCACCCACUAGUAGCCCUAGUAGAACAAUCUGUACAACUACAACAUCUUACUAGUGGUCUUUUGUGAAUCAUUGCCAUGGCGCAGAAGGAGAACAAGAAAAAUGCGCGAAGACCUUCGUUUAAGAUGAGUAGACGGUGUUCCAGUACCUGCACCAGUAAAUAAACAAUGCAUUGAGUGGUUUUCUUUUGCUUGUGAUUCUUCAAGUAUAGUCGAGGUCGACGAAGAUGAAGAACAUGAUGAAGAACAUGUGUGAGUAUCAUUUAAACUUAAUUACUAUUGCCCUCUAUACUUACUUGUUUUUAGCAAGUUCAGCUUGUUCAUCGUCAUGCCUAGUAGUAUUAAGAUUGCUCUACAUGUACAUUCUUCAAAGUAGAGUUCAUAGGAGGUGUACUAGAACAAGGUGGAAUAGAAGUUGAGGUAGCCUCCUAAAAGCUUGCUGUUGACUUUCUGCUACUCAUCAUGGUGUGAAUUUUGCCGCCGUCGCACUUAUGAGUUUGUACUAUGGUACGCCAUUUGUAUCCUGCGCCUAUUCCUACAACUAUUUUCCGCUUUAAUUCUUGACAACUUUUUUGAUCAUUCCCCUUCCACUGCUGGCGUUGUCAGAGGAGCCAGUCCUUCGGGUCCGGCCGGGCUUAGUUUUGACCCCCCCCAAAAAAACUGAGAAUGACCCCCAGCACUUAUAUCUUUAUAACUACAGCAAUCAUGUGAUCGUUAUCAAAAUGACGUGAAGAAGGAGAUGAUCAAAAAAGAACUGCUUCUGCUGAAAAUGAAUCUUCUCAAUCUAUUUCCCUGCUUUACAAUAG